GUUGUGUCUUGCGUGAUUUAUGGCAAACGUUUUCCUACGGCGGCGAACAGAAGCGGCUCACCAGCAGCGCAUCACAGGAACGGGAAACGUGCGAUCCGAAUAGUUUGAUACGUCGCCGGUACGGUGGAAAGCACCACCCCAAACCAAAACAGUUUUUCUCAGUAGAAUUAUCGAAGUGAAACGCACAUCCCGAUUCUCAUGAAUCGAACCAAACGUGUAGUGAGAAGCACAGUUUAAUACACUAACAAGCGAUAGGAUAGCUUAUUUCCGUCUGCCGAAAUCGAACUGAGGCAGCAAUGUUGGUGGUCAAAUGACAGCGCGCAGUGUUGAGUUCAAGGCGAAGCCAAAGUGUUCAAUCAUGCGAAGGGUGAUUUUAUGAGGUUUUCCUAAUUUCGCUCUCCAAUUUUGCAAACGCCUGCAGGAAGAAUAGAAAACCCAUAAAAUAGAUACUAAUUAAAGUGCUGAAAAAAAACCUUCUGCGAAGAAACGAGGAAAAAAGUGGAGAACUGUUGAAUGCUAAUCGGGGUUAAAAUGAAUCCCAAAGGAAAACGUUGAUAAUUAGUUGGCUGAGCUUUUACCCUCUUGUGGUUCGGUUCGAUUAACACGCUUCUUCAUUAUCAAUCGAUGAUUUCUGAAGGAGAUUUUGAAUGAUUCAUGGUUGCUGGCUGGGAAAUUAGAGAUCAAAAAUACAAAAUCCAAGGAUCAAACGUUUACCGAGAAUUUAUAAUAACUGGAAUGAACUUCAUGGGCAGUUGCAACUACUCGUAUUAAUUUGCAAACAUUCACAACCCCACAAGGACAAACAUCCCGCCCCGCCAUGACUGACCUCCUAUCGCCACCGCCGUCAUCGUCGCAACCGCACUACUGGCAGACGCGAUACUUCCUCUACAUGGAAUUGCCAUCGUCAAUCGUAUCAUCCAGUUCCGACAACGGAGAGCUGCCCUCCUAUGAAACGGAUAAAAUGCUCUCAGCCUGGGACCUGUCGACGGCGGUGCCGAUGUCGGAGAAUAUGCUAUCAGAUGCCGAGCAGACGCAAUUGCUACUGUACGACAUCCUAAUCCCGUUGCUGGGCUCGUUGAUAAUCGUGAUGAACGCGGCCGUCGUUACGUCCAGUUUGUUGCUUCUACGAAAAGGUCAACAACCAUACACGACGUACUUAUUUCUGGGAAAUGUAGCUGCAUCAGAUCUGCUGACGGGAUUCGCCGUCCUAUAUGGCCAGUAUGCGCCCAAGGAAAUCCGCGGCGAAGAUAACUGUUCCAUCCUUAUCGGAUUAAUUGUAUCCACCACCCUUGUAUCGGUGUACAGCAUUGGAUUGAUCGCAGUCGACCGGUACCUGUACAUCGUCUACGGGCUCCAGUACCAGCGCUACAUCACACCCACCAGGGCGAAGCUCUCCAUCGCCGCCACCUGGUUUAUCG